UAGAAACAAUGUCAGAUAACGAGGAAGAACAACACAGAAUCUAUAGGGAAGACGCGCGAAUCCCGUGCAGGUAUGGAACAAAGUGUUAUCAGAAAAAUCCGGCACACCAUGAGAAAUAUAAACAUCCAUCUGCAAAAGACACGAAUAAAGGGACAGGUAUGAAAUGCACUGUAAGAAAUAAAAAAAGAAAAAUCAAAGACAGAAAUGAAGUACCAAAAGAUUCUCCAAAAAAGAAGAUGCAAAAGAAAGAUGAUGAUGAUGAUGUUGAUGACAAUACAGUUGAUGAGAACUUACAUAAUACUGUUUCAGAUGCAGAUAAUAUGGUCAAAAAUGAUGAGAAACAUGAGACGGUUGAUAGAGAAUCAAGUCCAGAUGACACAAAUAAUGUAAAACAUGUAACCGAUCGAUGCACCAUUGCAUCACUAUUGAAAGACUGUAACAUUAAUACCGAGAAUGAUACACUGUCCAAAGAUGAUGUAAAAAUAGUCAUUUCUUAUUUGUUCUUAACCGAAAUGCCAGAUGACUUUUAUCAGUUUUACGAAUUCUGUAAAAGUAUUAAUGAGAAAGAUUGUUUCAAUGCAUUGAAAGAUCUUCAAAUACAAUUAGUAGGUCCCUAUGAUGUAUUCAGAGACAAAUUUUUAAAUUUCCAAGUUGAAAGUAAAGAGGCAUUAUUGAGACAUUGGAGAUACUAUUAUGAUCCACCAGAAUUUCAAACCAUUGUUAAAGUGGAUGGUAAAGAUGGUUUACAUUUUGGUUAUUGGAGAGACGAAAUCGCUGAGAAACCUGUAUUUGUAGCAAAGAAUAAAGCUGCUAUCAACGGUCUAAUCGAAGCAGCGGCAGAAAAUAUAUUUGAAGCAAUCGAUGACUACAUAGGAAACAAAUUGAAAUUAGCAAAUCCAUUUGAAAAAACUCGUAUAUCCCAGUUGCAUAAGAAAUUGAGAGAUUUUGCUAAAGAGAAUCAAAUAAAAUUUGAUAAGAAAACAGCUAAUAUGCAAGCUAGGGAAAGGAAAGUAGUUGCAAGAACUUUACAUAAAGCUGGUAUUGUAGUACCAUACAAUAAAAAAACCGAAUUAGGAUAUAGAAGUUUGGCAGUGACCGAUAGUGAAUUACGAAAAAUCCUGGAUCAAAUUAAACAAGCUUCAACAGACGAAGCUAGAAAAACUCCGCUCUCGAAACUGGAGGAAGCAAUAAGACUGGCAACGAUCGCUGCCGAUGAAUGUGAUUUUGGCACCUGCUUAGAAUUAGGUCAUGAUUUAUUUACCAGCGGCGUUUCUAUCGUUCAAACGAAAGCUCUAAGCAUGCUUUCUCUCGCGUAUACUCUUUUACAAAGGCCGGAAUUUCUGGAAAUUGUUGAGGCGCAUUUGAAAGGCAGAACGAAAAGUUUGAAUCCAAGUGUCCUUUCAAUUAACAAUUAAUGAAUAGGAAUAAAAACGAUCGUUACUCUAUUGUAUUUGAAAUUGUAACAUGUGAAAUAAUGAAAAAAAAAAAAACAAUUUAUUAAUGAUAAUUAA